GACAGCUGAGCAAAAAAACCCCCCAGUGCUGCCGGCAGAUAUCGGGACAUUUUAUCAGGACGUCUGGUCACCCUAGUGCUGUUGAUCAUUUAAUGGCUGUCUUGGAAGAUACGGCUACUGCAUUUCUUUUACAGUAUGUUGAACAGGAUAUUACCAUGCUGCUGAUCAGCACCUGUUGCCACUAGUCUCCAUGAUUGAAAAUGACAGCUGGGAAUGUUGGCAAAAUGUAAGUAAACAAGGCAGCAUUGGUUCAGUUUCUCAGAUUUCUGAGAGCAAAGUUUCUGUUUGAAUGACAAUGGCUGAAGGGGAUGUGUUGCUCGCAAAGGACCCUGAAGGUUCUGAGACAUGUACAGCUGAGGUCCCUACAGUGAAAGACAUAGAGCAGCUUUUGAAUACUGGAUUAUCUUCUUGUAACCACACUGAUGAAGUAUGGCCUAACCUCUUCUUAGGAGACCUAGUUACAGCUCACAACAGAUUUGGUUUAUGGAAGAUGGGCAUUACCCAUGUUUUAAAUGCUGCCCAUGGCACAAUGUUUUGCCAAGGAGGCCAAGACUUUUACGGCACUACCAUUGAUUACUAUGGCAUACCAGCCUAUGACCUUCCAGACUUCGACAUAAGCCAAUACUUUUUCUCUGCAGCAGAGUUUAUACAUAAAGCCUUGAACACACCAGGAGCUAAAAUUUUGGUGCACUGUGCGGUUGGAAUAAGCAGGUCAGCUUCUUUGGUGUUGGCAUAUCUCAUGAUAAAUCAUCACCUCCCGUUGAUCAAAGCCAUCAAAGCAGUGAAGGAACAUCGAUGGAUUUCACCCAAUAGAGGGUUUCUAAAACAGCUGCGAAAUUUGGACAUUCAGCUACGGCAAACAAGAGGCUGUUGAUCAGUGAAUAGAUCCAAAAUAUCUUUAAGUCACUUUUUAAAUGUCUAGGAAUGUUCAUGAAGACUUGGUCUUCAGAAUCAUUGCACUUAUUAAAUGUAUCUAUUAGCAAUACACAUU